AGAUGGCAGUAUAUACACCUUUCAAAUGGAUGCGAUCCGCCAAAAAAAACUACAAGAAAAAGAAGUCAGACCUGCGUUAGCGUUUUGGUGAAGGUCGUGAGUGAUUCCUGUAUUCCAAAAUGUCACUGGCUAAGCCUGUAAUGCGAGGGCUCCUUGGGAAGCGUCUGAGGUUCCACUUGCCCAUCGCCUUUGCCCUUUCAUUGAUGGCUGCAGCGGCUUUCAAGUUUGGUGUAACUGAGCCCAGGAAACGGGCCUAUGCAGAUUUCUACAAAAAUUACGAUGCCACGAAGGAGUUCAACAACAUGAGGGAAGCUGGCAUUUUUGAAAGUGUCAGGCCAACUGGCAAAUAAACACCUCUGCCAUCCCAUUGUGCAUUCCUGGCUCAAAUGUUCCUGCCCUGUGAUCUAAGGAUUGAACAGUGUUGUUAUGGUCUUACGAAUAAAUGAUUAUCUGUUCUG